UUAAGCGGUCAUACCGAAUCUGUUAGGAGCGUGGCGUAUUCGCCCAGCGGCCAGCAGGUCGCCUCAGGCAGCCACGACCACACGGUGCGGCUGUGGGAUGCGCAAACCGGUGCACCUGGUCCUAUCUUAGGCGGUCAUACCGACGGCAUUAACAGGGUAGUGUACUCGUCCAGCGGCCAGCAGAUCGCUUCGAGCAGUUACGACUACACGGUGCGGCUGUGGGAAGCGGAAACCGGUACACCUGGUCCCAUCUUAAGCGGUCAUACCGGAGUGGUCGAUUGCGUGGUGUAUUCGCCCAACGGCCAGCAAAUCGCCUCAGGCAGUUACGACAACACGGUGCGGCUGUGGGACGCGGAAACCGGUGAACCUGGUCCCACCUUAGGCGGCCAUACCAGCUAUAUUAUGAGCGUGGCGUAUUCGCCCAGCGGCCAGCAGAUCGCCUCGGGCAGUCACGACAACACGGUGCGACUGUGGGACGCGGAAACCGGUGCGCCUGGUCCCAUCUUAAGCGGCCAUACCAAACCUGUCAGGAGCAUGGUGUAUUCACCCAGCGGCCAGCAGAUCGCUUCGGGCAGUCAGGACAAGACGGUACGGCUGUGGGAUGCGCAAACCGGUGCACCCGGUCCCAUCUUACGACAUACCAGCUAUAUUAUGAGUGUGGUGUAUUCGCCCAGCGGCCAGCAGAUCGCCUCAGGCAUUUACGACCACACGGUGCGGCUGUGGAACGUGCAAACCGGUGCACCUGGUCCUAUUUUAAGCGGCCAUACCAAAUCUGUCAGGAGCGUGGCGUAUUCGCCCAGCGGCCAGCAGAUCGCUUCGAUCAGUGACGACUAUACGGUGCGGCUGUGGGAUGUAGAUUUAGGUCAGUGUUUGGCAGUUGUCAAUGGUUUCAACGGAUAUGUCACAAGCAUCGCCUGGAACGCGACUCUCAACGGCACCUAUUUCGCAACCGGCUGUGACGAUAAGUCUGUACGCGUGUGGAAGGUCAUAGAAGAGGAUGACCGCUACAAGGUGCUCCUACAUUGGAGUACGAUGCAUGACUCACUUUUUGUCUCGGAUACCUCAAUCCAAAAUGCCCAAGGCUUGAACAGGAUAAAUAUGCGACUAUUGGAGCAGCGCGGCGCUGUGGGUGUGCCGAUUCCACCUUCGAGCUUCCGCGAGACAGGCAAGAAGCUGAUCAGCAUGGCGUCCGUGGCAUCCAAACUGAAGAUGCCAUCAAACCACAGUAUGUUGGAUACCUUCCCCAUGGUCAGUUCCCCUGCUGCACAGUCAGCGAAACCAGUCGAUUCGGCGAAUGUCCCUCCGCUUGGAUGGAAGGGCAAAAAAGCGUCGUCCCAGGCGACGGAAUAGAAUCCAUCAGCGACAUCG